GCCCGCUGGAUGCUGGAGACAUCCCCGCCGCCGCUCAACCUCGGGGCUGCCGGAGCAUGGACUAUUAAAAACUUGCCUUUCUGCAGUGCGAGGCUGUCUGAAAAGCCUUUGCCUAGUGCCUACAUCUGAGAUGUUGUAAAACCAAGGACCAGAUACUCCCGUGACAUUCCAGACUUCCUCUUACUUGUUUGGUUGACCAGUUAUCCUGGAUGCUGCUCAAAGAAUAAUUGAUUUGAGGAUUUGUCUGCUGAGCAAUCAGGUAAUACUUUAACUCCAAUAUGGGAAAGCAAAACAGCAAACUACGCCCUGAAGUCAUGCAAGAUUUGCUAGAAAGCACAGACUUUACAGAACAUGAGAUCCAGGAGUGGUACAAAGGCUUCUUGAGAGACUGUCCAAGUGGACAUUUAUCUAUGGAGGAGUUUAAAAAAAUAUAUGGAAACUUUUUUCCUUACGGGGACGCUUCUAAGUUUGCAGAGCACGUAUUCCGCACUUUCGACGCCAACGGAGACGGAACAAUAGAUUUCAGAGAAUUCAUCAUAGCCCUGAGUGUAACGUCGAGAGGAAAACUGGAGCAAAAGCUGAAGUGGGCAUUCAGCAUGUACGACCUUGAUGGGAACGGCUACAUCAGUAAGUCAGAGAUGCUGGAAAUCGUGCAGGCAAUCUAUAAGAUGGUUUCUUCUGUAAUGAAGAUGCCAGAAGAUGAGUCAACACCAGAGAAGAGGACUGAGAAGAUCUUCCGCCAGAUGGACACCAACCGUGAUGGAAAGCUCUCUCUGGAAGAGUUCAUCCGAGGUGCCAAGAGUGAUCCGUCCAUAGUCCGUCUCCUGCAGUGUGAUCCCAGCAGUGCCGGGCAGUUCUGAACCUGUCCUUUGGAUGAAUUAUGUAUCUGCUUUUUUUUUUUUUUUUUCUUGCCAAACAACAUUCAUGGUAGUGUUGCCUCUGUAUGGCCAAUUAUUGCCUUCAUUUGUGGCAUCUUAUAGCUUAUUUUGUUGUGGAUUAAUUAUAAGAAUGCUGAAUUGCUCUUAACAAUUUGUCCAGAGCACGGGCAGUACUGUUUUAAACAGAUAAUGUAGUGUUAUCAUUGUUUUUAAAAUUUCAUUUUGUUUGUUUGUUUGUUUGUUUGCAUCUGUUUUGGAAAGUAUGUGUUGAGGAGGAGUAAACCAACAACAAACCCCUUGGCAGCAAGACUCACUGACAGAUUUUAGAUUGCUGCUUUAGUUGUUAGGUAUUCACCUGCAGGACCUGAAUGUGUAGUAAGGCUGAACCAAAGGGGUUGUGAUGGGUGGGGUAGGAUUCACCUGGAACCUCCUCUCCGGUCCAGGAGGCACCAGUUAAGAUCAAAGACAGGACUGGGAAGAAGUAUGAAAGUGCAAAAUGUGUGUGGGGUGUAUCAUCCACUCCUAUGCCUUGUUGCUUCAAUGCUGUGAACACUUUCUGGGUUGUGAAGGAGAAGGGACAAAAUGAAAGUUGACAUUUUUUUACUAGGUUUACAGUGGUUGAUGUCAUAUGGCUUUAUCUGAAAAUUCAGCAAUUUGCAAUCCUGAUCUCCAAAUCCACAACUGACAAUACCUCUUGCCAUUUGGGAUCAGCAAAAGCAGACACAGAUAUGAAAAGCUGGGUCUUGACAAUGAAUUUAAGGGAGAUAGAUGUUGAAUGUGAAAUUUUCAGGUUAGUAAUAAAGCAGUUGCUACUAGGGAGAGUGGACAUUCACGUGAGGAGCUCACGGACACCUGCAAGCAGCUCCAGCUAAGGCACAUCUGAGCAUAGCAGGAAGUUUUGGGGGUGUUUUUGUCUCUCUCCAUGUAGCUAACUGAGUUUCUGGGCCUGCUCUUAGGGGAAGGCUGUCAUCAAAACUUGUUUUAAACAUAAAAUUGUAGCAUUUAUAUUUCAUUUAUUUUAGUAAAGUUCAAAAAAUCUGUACUGAAAUGAGGAAAUGGUAUGCUUUAUGAUAUAUUUAUAUAUAUAAAAAUUAAAACAAAAAAAGAUCAGCUCUUGAGAGAAAUGUUGAAUGUUUAUCUUUCCGCCUAGGUGCAGGAGUUCUGAAAAUUUGCUGCUGCAAAAUUUUACCCUUUGGUCAAAGUUGCUGUAUGCAAAGCUAGUACACGUGGGAUUUCUUAGGGACUUUACAAGUACUGUUGCAAAAGAAAAGCUGGAAAAGCUUUAGCAACAGGAGGCAUUAUGCUGACUAAAUUGGCAUUAAUCAGUCAUUAGCUACGUCUGCUUUGUGAUUCUGUUGGAGAGCUACCCAUGCAGGCAGUGCACGGUGUUGGGAAUUCAUGAGCUCGUUAGAGUAACCUUUGUCUGACAGGCAAAGUUGGCAUUUUGUCAAGUGACCUUGUCGAUGCUAAUCCCCAGUAGCCUUAAUUUAAAAUAAACCAAGUAAAAGAAGUCUGCUCUGCAGAUGAUGAUUAGCUAAGUACUAAUUAGAAGUCAUGAAUAAGUAGUUGAGCAUAAAUAAUCUUCUGUGGAACACUAGCUAGCAUGUACAAUAACUGACAGAAGCAAUCUUAUACUUCAUUUUUUCCAUACCAUUUGCUUUGCCAGGUGUGAAGGGCAAAGCACGUUAAGAGAAAAUAAAAGUAAAUUGAAAAUAACAUUGUUAAUCAGUUGUACUAAAAUUUUUAUGAGUGGCUAAUGACACUCAAUAAAUGUCUUCAAGUACACAUCUUUGUCUCAAACAAUCAUAAAAAUCCAGUUGAUUAUAUAUUUCCAUUACAUUCAUCAAAAUACUGAGCUGAGAUGGGCGUGGGAAAAUAAGAAAGCAAAGGGGGCCCAACCACAGACGCAAACAGAUUUUAAUAUCCAGCACUUUCAGGUGUUAUGAGCAACACUGGCAAGUUUUGCACCAAUUCUUCUGGUUGAUGAAAAUGUUCUCUUAUCUCCUUCUCCCAAAACUUAAUUAGACACCAUGUGCACAAAUCUAACCCUUUGAAGGACAGUCUGUGCCUACCUUCUUGAAGGCAAUUUUCUGCUUUACCUGGAGAGGUUCUGGCCCUCUCUCCCAUAUCCAUCACCCUGUGGAUUUUGAAAGUCAUGUACCUUAGGGUUGUUUUUCAGCAGAAGAAGCCUGGCCAGACUGCUGAAGGAAGGUCAGUGGGUGUGCACUGACCAACACACCGCUCUGCCAGCUGGGAAUGACCAGUGCCGCCGUUCCAUCACCACCCUGUGCUGGCAGGACAAGGUGACACCAGAGGAUCCCUGCCGAGCUUCCAAGCUCCUGGCUCAGUGCAGACACCCACGUCCAAAGCAGCCCAGACCUAUGGAAGCUGGCAUUUACUGAAGGUGAACUCAGAUACCUUCUACGGUUCCAUCUUCUUAAUGCUGACAGCAGUUGCAUGUGACUGAAGCUUUUAAAAUGUUGCCUUUUAUUUAAGUGACUGCAUACCACCUCCUUUCCAUUGUACAAGACACUUCUGGCUCAGAACCUAAUCUCUCAGUUUGUUUUUGCUCAGUAGUUUUGGGGUGUUGAGGCCAGGCUCACCUCCUUUGUUACUCCCGUACAACACGUGUUUGAAAGCACAACGUGUGCUGUGACCCCAGGCCAGCAGACAUGUAAUGCUUCCCACAGUUCACGAAAUUUGGAAUAGUAAGAAUUAGCUUACAGCUGCAGAGGGCAUAGCUGCAGAAAAUACUAUUGUAUAAACAUUUACAGAGUGAGCUAAGGUUAUUCUUUUACCUGACUACCACUAAUGAUUGGUAUUAUUUUAAAUUAUUAACAAUCCCUUUCUUUCUCUGCAUUGCAUGUACUUAAAGAGUGAUUUGUAGCUGAAGUUGUGAUGGGAACAUCUGCAGACCUCAAAUCAGCAGGACAGCAGUGGUGUGCUGUGCCUCAGAUUGAAAUUUUCUGCUUUGCUGUCAUUUGCAUUUGUAAUCAUAACUACCUUCAUAAAGCUUUUGAAGGCAAAGUGGUGUAUCCUGUAUAAAAUAGCAUAGUCAGUCAGACUUUUGAGUGAUUCAUUAGCAAUAACUCCACACAGGAAGGAUGGCAGACAGCACACACUAUUUCAUAUCACUUCUCAAUUUUGUAGAUGCAUUCUCUAGUUUUAUUUGCACGUGCAAGAGGCAGUCUUCACUGUGUGUUGUCCAAAGGAAUUAAUGAGUUCAUCUCACAAUCUGUAGAUUGAAGUAAUGGAAAAUGCAAGUCCCAUUUGUCUGGUGUUCCCAGUCAGUUUGUCAAACUCUGGGCCAGAAGAUGUGAAAUGGGGACUAUGACUUGUGAGUUUUGCAGUAGCCUCUCUUUGUUUCAGGAUGCAUUGGGAAGGGAAAGGGGAAAACAACCAUUUUAAAACCAGCAUAUAUGUUCUUGUAAGCACUUAGAGUUUGAGAGGGACUGAAGAAAUAUUUAUGUUUCAACAUUAUUUGAAGCCCUGUCAGUUCACAGUUCAAUGAUCUUCCUGGGGUAUCCAGAGCUAUGCUGUUCCCUUGCAGUUCCUAGGAGCUUUUAAGAUUUUUAUCUUCUUCCUGGGGCAUUCUGUCCUUUGUUGCUCUGUGUUACAAGGCAUGACCUCCACAUUUUCUGCUGCUUAAAACAGUAAGCCAGAAGUGUGUAAAUUUCGUAGCUGGAUGAGGUCUGUGUGCAGAAAUAUUGCACACCAGCACAGGAAGUAAUCACACAUGACCAAGUCCCCGUGGUUUGAACGCUGCCCCUGGGGGAUGAGCCCCAGGACUUCUCUCUUCACUGAUGGCAAAAGUGCAAUAAUGCGGCUUAGCUUGAUUUUCUUUCACUGCAGAUCAGGUUAAGUCGCAUUACCUUGCAUUUGCUGUGGGCAGAACCUUGUCUCAGCUGACUCAUGGAAACUUGGUGAACUGUGGUAACUUGAUGUUGAGCCCUAAUCUGCAGACUAAGCUGAGGUGAGAAGAUGGCCUUGGCCAUACAUCUCUGUACAUGUGAACCAGAGAACACGGUGACAAGUGGCAGGUCCCUGGGACAUGUGGCAGUGAGAAGGGAGUCUCCAGCCUCAGAACAAAUGCCCUAAGCUGAGCUGCCUCCUUCUUUUAAAACUCUCUCCUUUUUUAGCACUGCUGGUGUAAAAUGCAACAUGAUAGCAAUAUAGUAGGUCAGGAUCAAGGAGGUAUCUUUCAAGGGUUUCAUUUUGCAGUUUAGCCUACAAGUGCCAAGUGGAACAAUCAGACAAGUCUGAUUGUUGGCUGGACAAGUCUUCCUGUACACCAGCACCUCCUUUUGUCUUUCUCAUGGUGCUCCCUCGGUUUCCUGGCAUGGCAGUCCUGGGCUCAGCAGUUAGGUGUCGGGUACCUGGUGCAAUAACAGUGGAGAAGAAUAUUUCACCUGCCCUUUGCAGAAGUAUUUGGAUGCAUUAUUUGCUCUGUGUCUUACUAAGCAGGAUCUCAUGUAGGAGUCCUAAAGUGGGGAGACUUGGUUUUCUUGGUAUCACAGGCAGAACUUGUGCUUAGAAAUGCAGAGAAACUUGGAAAGUGCCAGAGAGCUGAGCAGUGCUCAGAGCUGCAUGCAGUUUGCCACUGAUUGUGCAGUAGGCAGAUAAGUUAAACAGCAGUGAUACAUCAGACACGUGGUGUGAUGUGUUUCGAGAUAGGGCUUGACUAGAAAUGGCACCUUCUAUAUGAGCAGCUCAGUCUGCUGUGUAUUCUGUCAGAGGCGCUGACAAAAUACUCUCUAAAAUUAAGCAGCAGAGCUGCUCACCGUACCCUGGCAGGCAUUGAACAAACAGCUCCCAGGAUGAACAUAAGGUUUUCCCUAAGUGCAGCUGAGGACAAAACAUUGCCUGUAGGAGUUCAUUCCUGGUCAUGGUAGAAAAGAAGAAGGGAAAGCUCCGUCGACUCUCAAAGCCCAAGUGUCAUUUUGCAGGCUAGGGACGGUGGAAUGAACA